AUGGCCCGAAUCCCACCAUCACCAUUACCACCACCUCCUCCCCCUCAAGCCACUACACUACCAACCAACCUCACCAAACCAGAGACCAGCACCAACCUCACCUCAAAUGACCAGCAGCAGCCCACCACUUCAACCUCCACCUCAACACCCACCACCAGAACCCCCGCACUCCCCACCCCGAAACUCCUCCAAAUCCACGACCUCCGCCACCCCUCCACAACCACCUUCCUCACCCUGAUCCCCAAUCUAGCCUCCACCCUCGAAACCGCUCUAACCACCAUCAUCCAAACCCUCUACACCUGCCCACCACCACAAUCCCCACCACCAUCAGCAUCCACCAACCCCCCCAAAACCACCCCCAUAACCUUCACCCCAACCCUGCCCCCGACCCGCUCCAUCACCACCUUCCUCCGCCCCAUCCCCGGCGUCGCCUACACAACCGGCACCGACCUCGACGCGGACCACAAAGAGAUCCACCUCUCGCUCGCCUACAUCGCGAGCUGCACGGAGCGAUACGCCGACUCCUCCUCCUCCUUGCGCGCCGAGAUCGUCGGGGUCCUCACCCACGAACUCGUCCACUGCUACCAGCACACAUCACCCGACAGGGACGAUGAUACCGCCCCAAAACCUCCCGGGGGCCUGAUCGAGGGGAUCGCCGACUUCGUGCGCCUCAAGGCCGGGCUGGCGCCGCCGCACUGGCAGCGGCCGCGGUCGGCCGCGGAGCGCCCCGAGAAAUGGGAUCAGGGGUAUCAGCACACGGCGUAUUUCUUGGCCUGGCUGGAGGAGGUCCGCGUCGGGACGGGGGCGGUGGGGCUGGUGAAUGAUCGGUUGUUGCGGGUUGGGUAUGUGGGGGUGGAGGGGUUCUGGCGGGGCCUGUUCGGGGUUGGGGUGGAGGAGUUGUGGGAGGAGUAUGGUCGAUAUCUGGAUACCUUGGCGGGAGAAGGAGAAGAACGCUAG